CGAACGGUUUGAACCAGACGUCCAGUUUCAACAUUUACCUUUAGCAUGGGGAUUUUUACUCAGUGUUUUUGUUGUAAACCAUGUAAGAACGACCGAUACAGAAAACAAUCGUCACCAAGAACAACGUAUUCACCAGAAAAUAUCGAGCAGAGUCAAUUUGUUUAUUCACCAAAAUUAACAGUAAAAGAAGAUUAUUUAUUUAGACCAUCAAUACAACAACUGGCUCAACAAUUUUCUGUUGAAAAUCUGAAGCUAGAUAAACCAAUAGGAUUACCAUUGUCUUCAUGUUACCUUGAUUUACCACAAAUAUCACUAGAGUCACGUUCAGAAUCACUAGAACCACGCAAGGAAUCUCCAAAACCGAGUAGUGGAUCACCAGCAGUAGGUAUUAAAUCAUUAGAACCAGAAAUUUUAUCACCAGCUACAAAUAUCAAAGUAAUUCAUGUCAAACAAGCAUUAGAUCUGUGGAAAAGUGAUAAGUCAACUGGAUUAAAAGAUGAUGGGGAUGAUUUAGGUAUGAAUAAUUUGGUACCAUCUGAAGUUAUUGCUGGUCCAAAAGGAAUUAAACAGAUUAAAGUCAAACCAGUAAAGCAAUCUUUAUAUCUAGUUCAAGAGACUAAUGAUGAACUUGACAGUAGAAUAACAACACAUUCAAGUCAGGUGGCAGUUUGUGAUUCUAGUCGUCUACUGGAAGAAAAUGUCGGAAAACCUUGUGCAUGUCGAUUGAUGUACAAUAAUAACAAUAGAACUAAUAAUAGUGUUAGUUCUGGUAUUUCAACUAUGACUCUACAAGAAUCUUCAUUUAAACCUCAACCUAAACCUGAUCGGGUUACAAUGUUCUGUGUUACUAGAGACAAAGCAUGGAGACAACAGCCGAACUCAUUUAUAGAUAAAGUAUCAAAUAUCAAGAACAAGACUAAGAAAAACCAGGUAACUUAUACAAACAUAGAAACAGUUGUAGAGCGCCAAGACGAGGACGAAGAACUUGAACAGAAAAACAAAUUAAAGAACAUCUUUAAAAGGUUUUCUUGCUGAUAAGUCGGGAAAGGAUUUGAUAUUAUGCAGUUUAUGUUGAAUGGGAUUAAACCGUUAUAUAAUAAAUGUUGUUAUUAACACCAAAUUUGAUACAGUAAUGCCACUAGCAUGACAGCGAGUCGUACUAGAGCAACCUUUCAAUUAGAUAAUAUUAUUUACGAUAAUCAAUAAUUUCAGAAUAUGCAAUUUCGUCUGGUAAACGGUAUUGGCUUUGGUCAACAACGAUGUUUUGUAAUUAUCAGGGAAUGCUGUGAUGUUUUUGUUAGCAAUGUCUAAACUUUUCUUUAAAAACUGAUUUCUAUUAUAAAUAUCAUCAAUUGUAUUGGACUGUGCAAAAGAUUGUCCACGGUCACCAGAAAUUUUACACGUGGGUGCAGACAAAUAUCAAAACUUAUAUUCCAAUGAUAAAACCAAUCGCCAUUCAAUAAUACUGAAAUGACCCAACUUCUGGUUUGUGACACAGAAGAAUAAGUUAAAUAAGGUUCAUUUAGUUUAAAAUGUCAUUGACAAGUACAUAUAUUCAUAUUAUGUAUAUUUAAUUGUACAUGAUGCAUGUCUUAUAGAUACAAAUAAAGGCUGUGCACAAAAGUU